UAUACACAGAAGUGUACACAGACAGCUGACAAAUUUAGGCUUACAAAUUCGUUUCAUGUGCAUUUAUAGCUAUUAAUGACUAUUGUCUUCCAGCGCAUCUUGCUAUAACGAACACCUGUUAGAACUGACACCAUGCAUCAAGACUCCGAAUCAACAUCUCAAAAUGUGCUUGACCCUAUUAUGAACAGACACCGGCCAGCUUCAGAGAAAACACAGGAUAUUUCCCAUCUGCUGGCCAGUAUCUUCAAAGACCUGUACACAGCAGAAGUUAUUGGAAAAGACAAAGUGGCUAAUCUGACUAAGUCAAGAAGGGGAGGAAACAGUUACCAGGACACAUACGUGGAGGAGCUUCAGCAGGCCCGUUUGGAGUAUAACCGGCGAAUAAGUGAAGCUGAUAUGCUAGAGAAACACAUCCUACAGGCCAGGCUCCAAGCCACAGCCAAGGAGGAGCUGGUUCACAACAAAAUAGUGGAGGAGGUGGGAGAGGUCUACCAUCAACUGGGUCUACCUCCAGUGAAGUCAACCUUCAAAUGGUGUGUGGACAACACUCUACUCAAAAGCAACAAUUUGAUUUGUCCCGAAGAUUACAUCACAGAGCAGACCCCGCCCAUAAAAGUAACCAGAGGAAAAUCUCCACCUGGCUUUGCUAACCCAACAAUUUGCUUCAGUAAGCAUAUUAGCAGUCUACCUCAGGAUGACGGGUACACUGUGAUCCCGCCCCCGGACAGGAUGGCUCAGGAUAUGCUGGAACAUUCAGAGGGGACCCUGACACUCCCCUCAACCCCAGAGUGCAGCACUUUGUCCCAGAGCAAACGCAAUGAGAAGCGUGGGCAGGAGCGCAGGCCCGUGUGGUCAGGGGAACUCAGCAGGAGCCUCCAGGCUGAGGAGAGUGCUGCCCUACUGAGGCUGAAGGAGCGGAACAACUUCCUGCGCAACCCCCGCUUCCUGCCCCCACACGCCCAGCGUGGUGGCAAGUCACUCAUCCUGCCCGCCAAGAGGGUGGAGAGGGUGGUGAAUGGGAGAAGGGUGGUGGUGGAGGAGAGGAGUCCAGAGGAGCCUGUUCCAGUGUUUCUGGCCAACCCUCCCAUUGUGCUCUUUACAGAUUAUAGACUGGGACACGUGUAUGAGACCACAGUAGAGCUGAGGAAUCUGACUGCCACUAGCCGUCACGUUCGCGUUAUCCCUCCCAACACCCCCCACUUCUCCAUUGGUCUGGGUAAGUUCCCGGGGGAGGGUGGCACUGUUGCCCCUGGCAUGAGCUGCCAGUACACUGUGCGCUUUGUUCCGGACUCACUGGCUGACUUUGAGGACUUCAUCCUGGUGGAGACCCAAGCCCCAUAUCCCCUCAUCGUGCCUAUUGAGGCACAGCGACCCCCUCCAGUACUGACCCUACCCCGUGUGCUGGACUGUGGGUACUGUCUGGUGGGAGGGGUAAAGAUCAUGGAGUUCCUGUGCCAAAACGAGGGGCUCAGUGCCGGUACAUUCUGCAUCAUGCCCAAGAGACUGUGGCCAGCCUCCAACCUGCGUUCGGUGGUGACUGGCAGCUUUGCCGAGCAGCCUCCGUUCGGGAUCAGUCCGUCUCUGUUUGACCUGCUCCCUGGUCAGGCCACAGUGGUAGAGGUAGCCUUCUUUCCCAGAACUCCUGAAAGCUGCUCUCAAGCUUUCACCAUAGUAUGUGACAACUGCCAAGUGAAGGACAUCUUCAUUCAGGGCACAGGACAGUUGAUUACCCUUGAGCUGGUGUCCGUGACUGAAGGGGAGGACCGUCCAGCCCUUGGGGAGAUUUGUGACCUAACGGCUGAGCACUUCAUCCGUUUUGGGCCGGCCAACCCCCACUCUGUCUUACAGAAGACACUGGUCAUUAGGAAUAAUGCGCACCUGGAGCUGCCGUUUCACUGGCAGAUCGUGCAGCCCAACCUGCGGCCCCCACUGCCGGCAGAGCCGCCGGAGCCCGCGGAGAUGGAGCACCGCCUGACCGUGGACGCCGCGUUCGACAUCAGCCCCCAAACCGGCUCUCUCGGCCCCCACCAAGAUCACGAGUUCCUGCUGAGCUACUGCCCCCAGGAGCUGAGGGAGUACCACAGUGUGUGCCACCUUGUCCUGAGGGAUAUCCCAAGUCCUCCCAAAGAACCCACAGAGAAAGGUGAAUCGCAACACCUAGAGAUGGCCACCAAAGUGAAUGAUGUGAUUGUCAUGGAGAUUGAGGUCAAGGGGUCAACAGAGCACCACAGGGUCCUGCUGGAGCCCUAUGCCAUUCGCUUCCCUGGAGAAACUUUCAUUAGGACGGCCAUUCGGAAAAGGUUCAAGAUGUGGAACAACAGCAAGUCUCCUAUUCAGUUCCAAUGGGACAGGCUCAGUGACUGUAACAUCUUGGAAGUGGAGCCCCCUAUGGGUGAAAUAGAGAUGUGUGAAUGCUGUGAUAUGGAACUGGUUCUGACUGGAGGAAAGCCUGGGCCAUUUGUGACUAGCCUGCAGUGCCACAUCCAGCACCACAGCCAACCUGUGGCCCUGUCGGUGGAGGCCUCAUUCAUGGGCCCCAGGUUGAGCAUCAGCGUUCCCAGUCUGGACUUUGGCCUGAUGAAGCUUGGAGACCAGGCUCACUCCACGGUCCACAUUAGCAACAACAGCCAGCUGGAGGCGUCUUGGGUCAUAGAGGAACGGCCAGACAGUCACGAGAUCACCGAAACACAGAUCGUAAUUGAGCCGCACAGUGGAGUGCUGCCCCCUCUGGCCUCCUGCUGCGUUGACGUGCUCUUUAGACCCGUGGCCUGCCAGCACUUUGAGACCAUCCUGGAGCUGGCUGUGGAGAAUGGGACAGGAUGUCACCUGGCGGUGCAGGCGAAUGUGCAGUCUCCGUCAGUGUGCCUCCUCAGCUGCGAGCUGGUCUUCUCUGAGCUGUACGUGGGGGUCCCAGUGAAAGGAACUGUGACCCUCUUUAACCAGACCCUCCUCCCAGCUCACUUCUCCUGGGGCAAGCUUCAAGGCAAACAGUCCUCCCUCUGCUCUGCCUGCUUCUUCCCAUCUGACGGUGUUCUGGGCCCCAACGACAAAAUGGAGGUUGUUGUGGAGUUCACAGCUCAUACUGAUAUGGAGCUGACAGAGGUAGCAGGUAUCUGUGAGGUGAAGGGGAUGCAGGAUCCUCUUGUUCUGGGCUUCUUCUCCAAGGCCAAGGGGCUCCACGUCUCCUACUCUCUACCUGCUACUGAACGCCCUGCAGCAGGCAGUCCAGACCCCUCGGACCUGGUGCUGGAUUUUGGAGACGACGUCCUUUUGAUGAGAGCGGCUAUCAAGCAGCUGAUGAUAACCAAUCACACGGCCAUCCCCGCGCCUUUCCACUUGGAGGCAGAGUACUUCACUGGGCGCCCCCCUACACCUCCCCAGGAAGGGAGUGCUGACUCUCGACCCCGGGCCUCGUUUUUGAGAAGACAGAUACAGCACGUGCAAGCGAAGAAAGUGGAGGGGAAAACAUACCAGGACUUUGUAAACAGCCUGCUAGCCCAUGGAAAGGGUGCAGCGUUCUUCAUCCAGCCCGCCUCUGGAACACUGGGACCGUUUGAGACGCGCACUGUGGACAUCACCGCUUUUACCAACAUGUGGGGGGACUACACAGAUCACCUCAUUUGCAAAGUGGGUGAUCUGGAGCCAGCAGCCGUACCCAUUAAGAUGUCAGUGAGAGGCUGUCCUGUCUACUUCCAGAUGAUGGGACCACAGCUUGAGACACAGACACAGGGACCAAUCAUACGGUUUGGUACACACGUUUCCGGUGGAGACACGUUCUCACGGUCACUUCGCUUGAACAACACCAGCCCAUACAACAUCCAAAUGGACUGGGAGACAUACAACCAGGAAAUGGGAGACAAGAAGCUGGUGGACUUGGUCGUGUGCUAUGGCGAUGCCUUCCCGCUGAAAGAUGCUGAUGGGAAUGAAGUCCUGGGAGGGAGGCGGGGCUCCAGUGAGAGCAUAACACCCAGAUGGGACUGGAGAGACACCCCCUGCUCAUCAGGAACAAGCUCCUCCCUCAGUAGCGAGGAUUGUGCAGAGGAGGAAGAGGAGCAGGAGGAGGAAGAAGAGGAGGAGGAGGAGCCACUCCCUGUGCAGAAGAACCUUAUCUCUGUACACCUCAGAGCUCAUGAGGGCAAUGUCUCUGACUACCCCUACUGCAUCACCCCUCAACAGAUAAUGGUUCCAGCAGGGGGCAGCACUACCAUCCACGUGUCCUUCACUCCUCUGACGCUGUCGGGUCCCACUAAUGAUCCAGUGUGUGCUGGCUUUGCCCUGGGCUUCAUGAGUUUGGACUGCAAGGUGGCGUCCUGUAUGCCUGGGAAGGUAGAGAGGGUGCAGGGUUUUGAGCUGGAGCCCUUGAGACUGGACCUGCAGGCCUCUGUGAAGCAAGCCCUAUUAUUGGUACAAAUGGAAGAGGAGGAGGAAGCACUUGAGUUCUAUGCCAUUGCCAGUGACUUAAUACAACACAAAGGAAGGGGGCCAAGCAAAGAGGUGGCGAAAGAGUCCAUGCUGACGCGGAACCUGCAGCUGAAGAACACCACCGAGAUGCGGCUGAACUUCAGGCUCAGUACCCACCCCCCCUUCUCUGUUCUCCUGCCCCAGAGCAGGGCCGGCACGGGGAGCACCGAUCGCCACGCUGAGGAGUGCCAGUCCCUCAUCCUCCGGCCCCAGCACAACCUGCAGGUGAAGGUGGGCUUCCACAGCUCUCUGUCCCUGCUGGCCUAUCUGGGACAGCCGGAGGAGCAGCUCCCGCCCGGCGUUCAGCUCAUCCACACGGACAGCGGGGAGAGGAAACUGCGCUUCCAGCAGAACCUGGCCAUAGAGUACAGUAACAGCAGUGUGCAGCUGGUGCCCCUGUGUGCCCAUCUCUCCCUGCCCACCCUCUCCCUGUCUGAGACCAGCCUGGACUUUGGCACCUGCUACGUGGAACAGACUCGCGUGAAAGAGGUUUUCCUCUGCAGUCGAGGAGGCUCCUGCAGCUACUGGACUGCAGUCGUAGAUGCGCAUGAACAGGCUGGCCAAUUCACAGUGACCCCUGUCUCCGGAGUUCUGGAGCACUCUGUCGCCCCCUACAGGCAGCCUCUACAGAUCAGCUUCACAGCCAGUGAACAAGGCGAGGCCAGAGCCUCCAUCACAGUGCAAGGGAUUCUGGGAGAGUCACCAAUCUUGCUGCAGGUCCAGGGGAAGGGCUCCUUCGAUGAGAGAUUUGUAUCACUGCUGGUCGUUGCCUAGACCUACUGCACCAGAUCAUGCAGUGCAUAGCUAGCUAUGUACAGCAUGAACGAAGAAAUAACCAGGAGAUCUGCUUAAAAAAAUUGAGAUACAAGGGAUAGGAAAGAUUUACAAUAAUGUACUGUGUAAAACAAUUACCUUCUCUGUUUACCCGUUGGAAACCAUGUACAUAAUUUAUGUUCCUAAUUGUCCGUUAUCAAAUAUGUGUAUUUUUUGUGUUUACUCAUGUUCCCUUUGCCUAAUAUUAUAAAUCUAUAUAAAUUGUCUAAAGAUCUGAAACCAGUCAGUGAGACAUAUAUGCAAUUAA